AUGACUUUGUUGCUGGUCAUCAAACUCAUACUGCAAUGUACCCACAAAGCCAGACAGUAUCAUGGCUAUGGAACGACAUUGUAUAGACAUCUUCAAGUCGCGACUGGACUUUUGGCAAUGUUCUGCUUCUUGGACAUGGUCGAAUACGCGACUCUUCUGCCUCAGAUAAAGCCCGCAGCAGCCGAUUCACUCGUUGUGAAUCGAUUUCAGUUGUACAUCGCGGGCCCAGCCAAAGCCUUCUACUGCUUGGCGGAUGGCCCAAUUUUUAUAAUCCUGGUUCGCGUUGGAUUGAGUCUGGGUGGCUCCCAGAACCAGCAUGGAACGCCAUAUCGGAAAAGUGCAAGAAUCCUUUCACUUGCAGUCCCCUUUAUGCUACUAGUCCCUGUUCUCACACACAUUGGAUAUGUAUGCGACUUUGUUAGCUCGAUGGGGCGUCCAUAUAACGAUGUUUCGCCCGGGCACCUUCUUUUCACAGCCAUCCGAGUCGAUAUAGCAUGUUCUGUACUCGUCCUCAGUCUUUCUUGUAUAGUGUUGAUCCAUACAGCGAGCAUGGCAUUCACGCUACACGGCUUCUCAGCUAAUAAGUUCUCAUCGGGCCAAACUUUAUACAUCCGGUGCUCUGUCUUAUGGGUCUUACAAGCCAUCUUCUAUACAACCUUUACCUGCAUCUGCUACGCCUACUAUGGGAUUAAACCAUUAUCCUCAAACGACGAAUGUUUAAUGGAAAUUGAGUUGAUGGACAGCGAGGAAAUUCCUCUUUGUGUUUUGAGUCAGCUUCCUGGCUCGUAUUUCUAUUUCUUCAGUGUUAUACUUGUGGCGGGGUCCAAGUAUCUAAUUCUGCGUCUCUUGUUAAAGAGAUCCGAUGUUGAUGAGCUAGUUGAGUUCUUUGUGGAUGAAGAUGUAGAGUUGGACACGGUUAGCAUCGCCAGUUCAGAGUAUAGCUAG